AUGACGAACAUAAUUUUUAACAAAUCAUUCAUAUUUCUCUGCUCUCUAAUAACGGUAACCAUAUUUAACAUGGCCCCCCUGACCUUGGCUUGUUCUAGUCGUUCAUUGCCCAAGCCAAGGCCAUCAUCGAUAGCUGCACCCACAUCCACAAAGAUACCGAUUACCACAACCUUACAUACCACAUCGACAACGACAAGGGAGACUACCACUACAACGACAACAACAACGACCACCACCACUACUACGCCCAGACCCAACAUCACUUUCCCAACCUUCAAAUGUCCCGCCACCUAUGAUGCCUGGUAUUGUUUGAAUGAGGCCACCUGCUUUACCGUCAAAAUUGGUGAUUCCAUUAUGUAUAAUUGUGAAUGUGCUAUUGGGUUUAUGGGUCCACGCUGUGAAUACAAAGAAUUGGAUGGUUCAUAUCAACCCAAAAGGCCACGACCAAUUUUGGAGAAGGCCAGCAUUGCCAGUGGUGCCACAUGUAUCCUCCUAUUUUUGUUAUUUGUCUGUUUGACUUUGUAUUUGCGUUACGAUCAGAAAUCCACCAAAAUUCUUAUGGAAAAUGAAGAUUAUCAUUACAGCACAUCUUCUCCUUAUGUUCCGCAAUCAAUGAAUUCCUAUAAUAAUUGUCGUUUUUGUUCGGAUAAAUAUUGCUGUUCGUCGUCCUCCUCCUCCUCCACCAUCAAUGAUUCGAAAUUUCUAUUGGCAAAUGAUAAACAUUCAAAGGGUAGCAGCUCGUCCUCUUGGUUUAGACAACACAUUGAGGCCUUUCCCAUGGGUCUAACCAUCAAGCGUUUUAAUAAAAUUUAA